GGAAAAGCUCGGAAAGGAAGUGGGCUUCAGGACACCAAUGAAUGUCGGAGACAGUUUCUUGGCAUCAGCUACAGCCCAGAUGUACCAUAGAUUCAGCUCGAGACCCGAGGAUUACCAUGUUAGAGACGAUACGGAGGUUCACUCGCCUCGCAAAGAAAGGGGACCGCUGCUGAUAUUCAAAAUUGGACCGAUAGCUCACAUUACGCCACACUGAUGAUGUGGAGGUAUGAUCAGUUUCUUUUUUCAGCUCACAAGCUGUCAGGGAGAGUGCAACACCUGUCAGCCUAUCAAAACAUCAAGGUGCAGAUUGCUCGUUGGAAGUUGAACCUGGUGAAAGAAGAAGGAGACGCCCUGACGCCCUGGGGACGAGCGAGAUAGGAAACACCGUUCGCAUACAACCCGUUUCAAAAGGGGUCCAAGAGGAGAGAUGAUGAGCUCACCAACACGCAGAUCAUCCACGAAAAGCAAGGCUUCUUCCAUUCAGGGGAUGUCCUGUUCAGGUUGAGUGGCAGAAUUGUAACUGUGAUGGUGGGCUUGAAAUAGGGACGUUCUGCUGUUCCUGGACGAUCGGUGGGGCCUGUCACAACUCCUUGACCUUGGGACCGUUUUUCUCUGGCUCUAGUCCCUUUCUCGAAGUCUCUCAUUCAUUCAUCUUUCUUUUGAUUUUACUUUCAGUGCUUUGCGGGUUGUGCAUCGGCUUUGCAUUUUGUCUUGUUGUUGACGUUGCUGACCCUCUUUGUUGUCGUGGACGAGGCCGGCUCAAGUAUCAAACUAUCAGUAUUCUUUGGCGGUGGGUUAGAAUGAUUGACACAUUUUCCUCUGACUCUCAUUAUUAGAAACUCACCAAUGCUCCUUCCUGCUGUGUCAACAACAAAGAUCUGACUGGAGUUGAUGUAAAGUGCCCGGUGUAACACUCUUACCGACACUGCAAGCAUAAAGACAUAACAGCACGAUGCUCCGCCAUCAACUAAACCCAGUAUCAUGGGCCGACACAUUUCUCCGGGCUCUCCUCCCGAGCUUCAUAGCCGACGCCAUUUUCUCUGAUCAUAGGAAAGCGACCCGACUACACCCAACUUCGUACCUCGACGGCCUACGCGGCAUAGCCUCCGUGAUCGUCUUCUUCUGCCACUAUACCGAGGACAACUACAACUCUCUGACACGCUCCUACGGCGUCGCCGACAAUGACCGCCCAGAAACGGCCACGAGAGGGUGGAUUCAGCUCCCGUUCCUACGCAUCAUCUUCUCCGGCCGGCCCAUGGUGCACAUCUUCUUUGUCAUCUCGGGCUUUGUGCUCUCGUACAAACCCAUCAAGGCCAUCCACGCCCGCGACUUUGACAAAUGCUAUGUCACUCUCAGCUCCUCGACCUUCCGCCGCGCGUUCCGCCUCUUUGGGCCCUGCGUGGCCUCGACCUUCAUGAUCAUGUGUUUGCAGCAGAUGGACCUUUACCCUGGGCGGAACCCGCGCGCAUCGUGGACCGAGCAGCUGAUGGUCUGGAAGCGCGUCGUCUUCACGCAGAUUACCUGGCCGUGGGCCUGGGACAAGGACAUGAUGCCCGGCUACGACAUCCAUCUGUGGACGAUCCCGAUCGAGUUCGCGCACUCGAUGCUGCUGUUUAUGGUGAUCCUCAUGCUGGCGCGCACCAAGCUGCGCAUCAGGCAGAUGAUGGUUUUGGGGUUGAUGGGGUACUGCCUCAGCUGCGGCAAGUGGGCUGGGUUUGAGUUCCUGGCGGGCCUGUUCCUUGCGGAGGUGCAUGUGCUGAAGAGCGCAAGGGAGCAGCAGAACAAGGAAUGGGAGUCGGUGGCGCAGGAGGAGGAUGAUGAUGAUUUAGACAAGUAUGGCCAUCGGGAGGUCAGGCAGGGCGGCGGGCUUGUUAGUCUGUCGACGCUGAAGACCGUGUUUUGCAUCUCGCUGGUCAUCUUGGGAUUGUUUGUCGGCGGUUGGCCUAAUCACUAUGCGGACAAGACGCCGGGGAUCCGGUGGUUUUUGGCAAAGACGCCCAUGCCGUUCGCAAAGAUGGACCAUCUCGCCCCGCAAAAGUUUUGGUUCGGUCUUUGUGCGAUAGGAACGGUCUGGGCUGUCGGAGAGCUUCCGCUCCUUAAACGCUUCUUCGAAGGUUCGCUAGCGCAGUAUUGCGGGCGCAUCAGCUAUGCCAUCUACAUUUGCCAUGGGCCGGUUCUAGGACUCUUCCAGGCUUAUGUCUUUGGCAGCCCAUUUGUGCCGGCUCAGGGCGAACCUGGCACGGAUGACUAUAAGGAGGCUGUUGAGGCGCACGGGAUCAAGGGGAUGAUGGGGAUGGAGAAUACGACGCAAAAGACAAUGGGCUGGGUUUUGGGAUUGUGCGUGCUUGGGCCCAUUGUUGUAUGGGCGGCUGAUAUCUUCAUGAGGGCGAUUGACGAGCCUAUCGUCCGGAUAGCAAGGAAGAUGGAAAACGCUUGUUUGGACAGGGAAGCUCAGCCGGAUCAGCGACCCGGUGGGAGACGACUGGAGCCGGGAUAUUCGCAGGCUGCAUAGAGUGGUGGACGUUUGGUUCGUGAUUUGAGUUUGUUUUACGUCGGUCAGGGCGGUCUUUUGGAAAGCGUUCGUGAUGAUGUAGAUGGCGUUCCGGUGAUAUUCGACAUCGGGGGUUCUGGCAGGGUCCAAUAUCUACCCUUAGAGCAUUGAUAUGGGAUACUUUAUCACUAAUACGAAUAUGAUUAUUUUCGCCUA